AUGAGCAGUAUCAGUAGCAACAACAGAAGCAGCAGGACUAGUAGCAGUAGCAGCAGCAGGAGGAGCAGCAAGAACAACAGCAGCAAGAGUAGCAGCAGCACCAACAGCAACAGCAGCAGCAGCAGUAGCAGCAGCAGAGUAGAUGGAGUUGCUGCUGCUGCUGCUGCACUGAGGGAGGCGCGUGCUGCAGCGGGGCUGAAGCAGCAGCUAGCGGAGAUGAGUGCAGCGCAGCAGCUGCAGCAGCAGCAGCAAGAGCAGCUGCAGCGAGACUUAGAUUGCUACCGCGUGCUGUCUAGACAGCUGAAGGCUGAGACACAGGUCCUUGCAAAGAGAGCAGCAGCAGCAGCAGCAGCAGAUCAGCAGCAGCAGCAGCUGCUGCUGCAGCAGCCUGGAACAAGCCACAGCAAUCCGAAGCAGAAGCUGCAUUAUGUAGAUGUUAUUCAUACUCAGCUAGAGCAAGAGAGAAGAAAAACGUUAUCUCUAGAAAGAGAUAUGCUGUCUCUUCGCAUGCAGCUGCGUCUGCUGUCUCCUUUGCGGUGUCUGCUGCCUAAUGCAGCAAGCGCUCAGCAGCUUAAAGAAGCAAAGAAAAAUAUUAACUCAUAUGCUGCAGCAGCACUCCCUUCCCCCGCGCCUCCUGGUGCUGCUGCUGCUGCUGCUGCUGCUGCAGAUGGAGCCCUCACGCUAAGCCAGCUUGCUCCCGCCCCAGCCGCUGCAGCACCAGCAGCAGCAGCAACAGCAGCAGCAGCAACAACAGCAGCAGCAGCAGUAACAGUCCCUCCAGAAAAGGAAGUGAUCGAAGCCGUUGCUGCGCUGAAGGCGCUGCUGCGGCGGCAGUUGCUGCAGCAGCCGCUGCUGCUGCAGCAGCAGCAGUUUCAGCUGCAGCAGCAGCAGCAGAUAGAAGCAAGUCGUAGCCAACGUGCUUCCUACGGCUUAUCUCGCUGCUCUCUUUCCCUGACUCCUUCAGCGUCUCCUAGCAGCAGCAUAGCAGCAGAACAAAGCUUCUCUGUUAGCUCAUACCAGCAGCAGCAGCAGCAGCAGCAGCAAGAGCAGCAGCAGCAGCAGGAGCUGGUGAGCGUAGAUAAAGGAGCUGCAGGCUAUGGGCAGCAGCAUAGCGGGGUUUUUCUGCGGGUGGCGGAAGCAGGAGCAACAAUUGCUGCUGCUGCUUCUGCUGCAGCAGCAGAAGCAGCAGCAACAGCUGGCAGCAACUACGGCAGCGCGACAGAAGGAGAGACAUCAUCGCUUUUAGAAGUCUCUGUUGAUUCUUUAGACAGUGCAGCAGCUUAG